UUCUUUUCAUUUAUAUAAAUAAAUAAUAAAGAAGUUUUAGUUCAUGAAAUUUGGUGUUAUUUAUUUGUAAGUUAUUUCAAAAAUGCAGGCAGCUGACCUAGAUGACAGCCUUGGUAAAAGAUCCAGAGAGGCAAAAGAUUUACCUGCAGAUAUCUUAGCAGAGUUAAGUUAUAUAUUAAACCCUCCAUUAAUUGGUAAGGACUUCCGUAGUUUAGCAGAACAAAUGAACCAAUCAUUUCAAGUUAUUUGCUGGCUGGAAAUGCAAAAAAAUCCCACUGCUUCAUUAUUAGAACUGUGGUGGUCAGGAUCAAGAACAGUGGAUGAUCUAAUUGUUUUACUAGAGAAGAUACAUUGCUUCGAUGCUGUGAAACUUUUAGAACCCUACAGAUAUAUUGAUGAGGUCUAUGAUGAUGUCUCUGUAUAUGACCAAGUUGCAGGUCCGGCUGGAACAAAAAGAUUUGAGUGCAACUUCAGCGAGCUGGGUGAUGACAGCAAAGAUGAUUAUGUUGAAUAUGAAGUCAUCAGUACCCAAAUUGCAGGUCCGGCUGGAAUAAAUAGAUUUGAGUGCAACACCAACAAGCUCGGUAAUGACAACGAAAAGGUUUAUGAUAAUGAUGAGGUCUAUGAUGAUGUCUCUGUAUAUGACCAAGUUGCAGGUUCGGCUGGAACAAAAAGAUUUGAGUGCAACUUCAGCGAGCUGGCUGAGAUCUAUGAUGAUGUCUCUUCAUAUGACCUCUGUUAUCAAAAGACCUUUGCAAGUCCGAAUAAAACCAUAAAAAUAAUGGGAAAUGUGGCGCAAUCAUUUAGUGAUAAAAGCCAGCUGGUUCCCCCUGGAUUUUGUGAAAGAAAUAAUAUAUGGUUGGGAAACGUGGCUCCACCAAUUUAUGGUAAAAGCCUGCCGGUCCCCCCUCCUAGGACGUCUAUUGGAUUUUGUAAAAAAACUAAAGAAUCGAUGGGAAGCAUGGCACAAUCAAUUUAUGAUAAAUGCCUGCCGGGUGAUGACAGCGAAGAUGAUUAUGAUGAAUAUGAACCUUUAUCGAAUGCUCCUGAUCUACCUCCAAAAAUUACCUCAAAAAAAGAACCUUUAUCAAAUGCUCCUGGUCGACCUCCUAAAAAGUUCUCUGUUUUAUCAGUUCUUCAUCAAAGAUGGAAAAAUGUGGCUAAAAGUUGUUCCUAUUCCCUAAAAACAAAUAAUCAAGAACAUCGGAAGAUAUUUAUGAAAGAUUUUUAUAAAUCUAAAUCUACAAUCACAGAUGACAUAAAAGCACUCAUUGAUGAGCAAGGGUGGGAGAUAUUAAUAAAUGAUGAAAAAACACCUCAUGAAGUUAAAUAUGAAAAAUAUUUUGUGGAUUGUUUUGCUAACUCGCAAAGAAAGAUGUGGAAGGUAGUAAUUUCAAAAAAUAUUUUAACGAAAGAUGAGAUAAGUCUUAUGAUUAAAUGUUCAACAAACGUUUGUGAUGCAGUUUUUUAUUGCGCAUUUGAAAUGGACGGAUGGAAACCACAGGAAAAAAUUGAAUGGUUGACAAUUGACAUUAACACUAGUUUAAUACCAAAUAAAGACUUUAAAAAAUUUUAUCCGUGGAUUAGUGUUUGUGAAGGAUUGACUCUAAUUCUUCAUGAUGACACGGACUAUAUAGAUGAAAUUUAUAGAUAUAUUCAAGAUCAGUCAAACCUUCACAAUUUUUUAAUUGAUUACCGUGGAAAAAUUUUUGUAACUUCAAACAAUUAAAAAAAAAUUUAAGUAGC